AUGGCGAAGUUACCUUAUUCCGAAUACAAGGAUGCUGGCUUUUUACGAUGGCUAGUGCUGGGCAUUGCCUGUGUUGCAAACUUUGCGGACUUAUUCCAGAGCUCCAUGGUUCUAUUUGGAUUGCCUGCCAUCGCUGCUGACUCGAGCAUGAAUUUUUCUCCGACCGACAUCAACUGGGUUAUCGUUGCUUACACCGUCACCUUCGCUACGUUUUUAGGAAUUGGAGGCCAGUGCGCCGAUCGGACUGGACCACGAAAUACCUUUAUCGUCGGGCUAUGCUUUUUGGUCUGGACCAAUAUCCUAUGUGCAUGGGCACCGAAUCAAUCCGCCUUCCUGGCAGGAAGGGCCCUGGCGGGUGUCGGGGCUGCCCUAACGGCUGCGACUGGAAUACCUAUCAUAACGAGACUUUUCCCUGAGGAAAAAGAACGUACAACCGGUCUCUCUAUCUACAUAUCCUGUGCGCCUCUAGGUACCAUUCUCGGGGUUGUGAUUGGUGCCGCUCUAUCUAUCUCGAGCGUGGGUUGGCGCUCAUUAUUCUGGGUAACGAUGAUUCUGGCCGUGAUAGCAUUGGUCUUCGCGUUCCUGUUUGUUCCAGCAUUCGAAAUAGCUUCCUCAGAUAAGCCGCCAAUCGACUACCUUGGCCUCACCAUGUUCACUCUCGGUACUUGUCUCUUGGUGUAUGGGCUCAACGACGCCGAAAACAGGGGCUGGAAGAGUGCUCCAGUCAUCACUACAAUUGUACUUGGGGCUCUCACGCUUAUCGGGUUCCCUUUUGUGGAGGCAAGGUUGCAAGCACCAUUUAUUCCGCGGACGAUUCUCUUCAAUCGUCACGCCAUGGUACCUGCCUGCUCCUUCAUGUUCACUGGUGGUGGCUGGAUCACCUGGCUCUUUCUCGCCACUCAGAUAUGUCUCAACUCCCUCAAAUACUCGACGAUACUAGCGGCCUGUUACUUUCUGCCAGCUGCUUUUGCUUCAGUGAUCGGUGGUGGUAUCGCCAAUACACUGGUCAACAUGAAACAAACCAGCUUGCUCAUCGUCGGCGGAUACACUCUCAGCGUAGGCGCCCUUAUUCCAUGGGGUGUCAUCGGCCCUCAGUAUGGGAUCUGGUACGUGAUUGUGUUCUCUGCCCUAUACCUAUUUUCGUCGCCAAUCGUGACUGUGGGAGCACAAGCACUUGUAUUGCAAGAGGUUCCGGUCGAGGAUCAUGGGAGAGCUGCUGCGCUGACAUACGUGCUGUACCAAUUUGGCAGCUCACUCUUUCUAGCGGUUGCAAACAUCCUCAUUGGAAGCACGUCGAAAGGAGAAACUCCUCAAGGCCUCCUGGUUGGCUAUCGCAACGCGAUAUGGUCUCUUGUUGGCUUCACCUCAGUUGGUCUAGCAUCUUUUGUCGUGCUGUACCUGCCAGGCCAGUCUAAGAAGGUGGUGGAAUCUCAAGCAGCGGGGACAGUGAAUGAGCCAGGCUCAAACAAACCGGAACCCCUUGGAGAGCUUUGA